ACAAGAGGAAAAGUGUAGGGAAAAGGCAGUUACAUGUGUAUUAGCAUUCAGAAGCUGCAAGCUUGACUUGCACACUUGGUCGCUGCGUCUUCCCCAGCUUCAAGUGGAACUAUGAGCAAGUGGCAGAACGUUUUUGCAGUGAAGAUUGAAGAAAUGCACAUAACAGAUCCGUGGACACUUCUGGAGGAUGAUGGCCUGCAGGUGCAGGCUUGCAGGCCUGGCUGGAAGGAGUUUGUGCAGCGCCGUGCUCUUGGGAGUUUUCAGUGCUCCCAGUGCUUUCAAAAGUGGUCUUCUGCCAAAGUGCACAUCCUGUUCCACAUGUGCCACUGCCAAGGCUGGGGCACGGUACAGAUGCGAAUCUUUCGCCAGAAAUGCAGGCGCUGCCCCAACUCCCAGUUGGAGGAUCCUGAGUUCAGCCUGGAGACUAUGGAGACAAUUCUGCACAACCUGGUGAUAAAGAUCCUCCAGUAUUUCUACAAAAAGCCUGUCCAGCCCUCUGACCUCCUGGAAGUUGUGGUGGAUACACCGGUGACAGGGCCACAUGACCGUGCCCACUGCGAGGCCUGCCAGCUUGGCAUUUGCAGCAGGUCCCAAAGGGCCCCAGCUCUGGAUGCCUGGAAGCCCUUGACGGAUGAGAACAAGGCCAGGAUGCACAGCAGCGAGUCACAGCUGGCCUGGCCAUCGGAUGUCUGGAAGUCGUUGACAAAUCUGGGGGAGGCCGGGACCUGUCGCCCUGAGUCGUGGUUGUCUCUGGGAUCAGAUGACUUUAAGCCCUUGAUCAGUGUGGGCAAGGCCAGGACCCACUGCACUAAAUUGCAGCCAGCCCCAGCACGGGUUGCCCGGAAGGCAAAUAUGUCCAGGACCUCUCAGACCCUAAAAUGCCAGGGCUUAAGGCCCCAUGCAGGCCCGACCCAGCACCCCUCACCCUCCAAUAGUGACUUCCCCUGGAAACGCUGCUGCUGCAUCGGCAGCUCUUUGCUCUGUGUUUUGGCCCUGAUCAUCUUCCUUGUGCUUUAUUUGACCAUUAUGUAGAGGGACCUAGGGAUCACAAAGAGGAACUGGGGUGAUGGCUAGGGAAGCUGAUGGACUGCCUGGAAAAUUGGGUACCCAAGGUCAGCCCUUGCUCUUGGCUCAGCAAGCUCCCCAGCUCCUGGUGGCAUAGGAACACAUUGGGAUGCUUCAGCCAGGCACCUUGCCCCACAGCCUCUGGAAGACUGAUGGGUCUGAUGGAUUCUUAUGAGACAUAUUCUGAUGAGGAUGAAUCUCCCAGCUACCCCACACACAGGAUGAGGUUCAUUACUUGUAAUGAAUACUUAUAAGGUUAAUUACUUGUA